GCUUUAUUUUGUUACGUGACAGUUUGUGCAGACGCUUUGCUUAUUCUAGAUUAGAAUAUAUUGCUACGGUUCACAGCAAGGUCCAAAAAUGUAUAAAACCACUUUCACUAUUGUUCAUUUUAUCAAUUAUAUGGCGAUUAUCAGCGUAAAAUGUGAAUGGUUUUAAGAAUGGUCACACCAUGGAGAAUGGCCCACAUGCUGGCCCGCAAACUGGUAAAUCUCCCAGGACUUGCUGCCUGCCAGAUUUGUCGCCAUGCCAGCCGAGAUGCCAAUGGGUGGAUGUCUCAAAGGCGUUCUGAUUUGCAUCCAAAACAGAAACAAUUUGAAGACAUGUUCGAAGACGACCAUGACAUGGACGAAGUCGAAGCCAAACUAAAUUCCAUUAUUAGUGAAGAGAAGAGAAGGAAUAAAACAGUCAGAUUCCACAAGCUUAGGAGACAAAUGAAUACACCUGGAGCCCCAGAGAGAAGACUCAGCUGGGAUGCUAUUGAACAGAUAAGAUACCUAAAGCAGGAAUCCCCAGAGGAAUGGACACUACAAAGAUUAGCAGAGGCUUUCUCUGUAAGCUCUGACGUCAUUUCCAGAGUUCUCCGUGGGAAAUUCACUCCAACAACAGAGCGAAAACUGAAGCAAGACUCUAAAGUGUUGCCCAGCACUGGCCAGCCGUCUCUCUGGGACGGCAAAACGAAACAGGCCAGAUUACCCUCGACGGUCAGUACAGCACCAGCCCUACUCUCCCCAGGGAACACAGGUGAUCUGGCAACACUGAGCGGCAGAGCUCUUGCAGUGAAGGGUGAGACAGGACUGAUGCCCUCUGGUGGUAAUGUCCCAUCAGUAUCCAGAGUAACAUCUAGACUUUCAGCUGUACAAAAACUGACACCAAAUUUAGAGGACUCGCACAAAUCUUUGCAUGAGACUUCUGAAAUUGAUGUGGGUGAUGAUGAAGAAGAGUUGGAGGAGGAGUGGGAUGGUGUGAUUCUGACUGAGGAAGAGCUGGAGCAGAUCGCGCAAACACUCUCGGAAAAGCUCAGUCCAGUGGAACAGAAGGGAAGAGAGUUUUAUGACAGCGAUGGAAACUUUUUGUAUAGAAUCUGAGUGUUAAUCAAGAGACUUGUCAUGCUGGUCUAGAAUAAAUUAUGGUAAAACUUUACGAUAAAGGAAGAAAAUAUUGUGAUUUUUCCCCAGACAGAAUUACUUUAUCUUCUGUGCGUCAAAUGAAGCAAAAAUAACAAAAUGCUAAAUGAGACAAAUCAGUUUAUUUCAAACAAACAAUUCUGGUCCAAAUAUACAGAGAAAAUAACAGAUUUAAAGUUGGAAUGGCCUACUAUGUACAUUGAUUUUGCACAAGAAAGAAAAUGGUACACCUCUUAUAAAUAAAAUCACAGUCAUAAUGAAAAUCAUUAAACUCUUUGCAUUGCAACCAUUAUUAUUAUUAUUAUUAUUACUUCAAAUAUGGACAGCAACCUAGCAAGUAAUCUGCAGUGAGAGAAGAGAAUCAACUGUUUAAUGCCUUAAUCUUAGGGGUGUCUUUGUUAACCUGACUUGUAUAAAAUAGGAAUUAAAUAAUUCACAUACAGAGAUAUUUUUGACAGUUGGAACAUUGGACACAUGCGCUCUUUGUCAAAGCUCAUGUUACCAUCAUUGGUAAUGAGAUUCGUCUUGUUUUUGAAUUAUUGAAGACGAGCUUUGUAUUUCUUUGGAAGGCACAAACCAUGCCUUCAUGCUAGGCACUUGAAUCACAACAAACAAGACUUUUGUAUAACUCAAGCACAGUUAAUAAACACUUUAUAACUCAUAAUCUGAGACUUUGUAAAGGAGAUCGUCGUCUUCCAAGUAAAUAUUGGAUUUUUGAUUAUUUGUGUGUAAACUUAGCAAGUACAACUUAACUACUUGAGAUUUUUU